AAAUAUUCCUAACGUCUAAAGAUGAUUCUUGAUUGAAAUGAUGCCAUGGCCUUGGCUUCUUGCCUCGCAGCGCCUUCCAAAGGAUGGCCCUCGUGCACAUGGCGUACAUCCCAGAGGCGUGCUCCUGGGCCGGCUCAUUCCACCCUGCCUUGCGUGGUUGCCUGUGGUUCUGCCAUUGCAGCUGUGUGGCAGAGGACGCAUCAGAAGCACCAAAGAUUCUUCUCGGCGCGCGCAUCCGAACCACGCGCUGGGCAUUUGGUUCUUCAAAAGGAUGGGGAUCAGAACGGGACACCGGAGACCAGGACUGUGAGGUGACCAAGAGUCGUUUCUGUCGCGGCUGGUCCAUUUCGCAGCUUCGGGAGGGAUAUAGAUACUGCGCGGACGACAUCCUUUGUGCUUACUUGGCCUGGCAAGCAGACCCAAAGGCGCAGCGCUUGUUAGAUUUGGGCUCGGGCAUUGGCAGUAUCGGCCUGGCCUGGCUUGCACAACAGCCUCGAGGGGCCAAGUGCACCAUGCUGGAGGCCCAGGAGGUGAGCGUUCAGCUCUGCCGGCAGACGCUGGAGGCCUUGCAGGUCAAAGCCGUGGAUUUGAGGCAUGGUGAUCUGCGGGACCCAUCCACACUGCAGACCUUGGGCACCAACUUCGACCUGGUCACGGCGAAUCCUCCGUACUUCACAAGCACCUCCGGCAACUUGCCAAAGAAUUCUCAAAAGGCCUACUGCCGACACGAGCUCCGUGGUGGAGUCUCCGAGUUCUGCUCUGCAGCAGCCCAGUUACUUUCGCCCAACGGAAGCUUUUGUAUGGUUCACGCCUCCCCACGACUGACCGAUGUGCUGACAGCCUUGGAGAGGUAUCACUUCACCAUCCAGCGCAGGGUGGACAUUUUCUUCCGGGGAAACUACAAAAGCGUCGCGGUGGUUUGCUCACCCAAAAGCGCGUCAAACGGCCAACAAGAGGCAGCUGCAGAACGGCUGCAGGUCAUCGAAGAGGAUGGAAGCUGGUCUCCUGGCUAUUUGGAGAUUUGUGAGCUGAUGGGCCUUUGACGUCAUAGCACCAGAUCAUGCAUCAGAUGCAGCACCAACGGCCACGCCCACCGCACCGGAGCUCUACAUCAAUAGCCGAAUAGCUCUUUGCCAAAGCCGCAAAGCAACCGAACGGAAAGAGCUGCGCACCACUUCGU